GCAGAACAGAAGGUAAUGAGUUGAAAAAUCCAAGUGUAAACGUAAAUAAAGUGAGUCAUACUUUUGAAGUCGCACUUUUAAAGAAAAACGACGAAAAAACAAUGGCAGGGGACGAUGAUUUCAUUGAAGCUGAAAAUGCAGAAGCCAUCAUCACUAGAAUUGAGCAUAAAUCUCGCAAGAUCGAAAGUUUACUCAAACAGUAUAAACCCGUGGAAGCACUCAAAACAGCUCUUGAAGGUUCGGCUGCCAUUACUAAAGAUGAUCGCUGCAAGUCUGCAAAUUGGAUAGCAGUGCAUAGAGCAAUAAUGGCGAUUAAAGACGUUGAUGGGCUGAUGACUUCCUUAGAUUCUGAGUAUUAUGACAUUUUAAUGAAGUACUUGUACCGUGGUUUAUCAACUGGAGAUCGUCCGACAUGUGAACAAUGCCUCAGAAUACAUGAAAAACUAACUCAGCGAGCUGGUCUUGGAUGCAUACUUCGUUGUCUUGCUGAUACACAUAAUACAGUGUGAUUCAACCCUACUCGAGGCUCUUAAGAGUACCUUCAGCUAGAAAUAUAUUCCCUUGAUUCUACGGUAUCUCUUUCACACUCAUGUUCUCUCUUCUCAGAAAUUGGAUAUGAAUGUCUUCUUGUUAUAUUGUAUACAGAAACAGUCUUAUUGGACACGAGAAGUUCUAGUCUUUGUAUAAAAGAAUACAUUCCGAUUAGAUGUUUAGUACAUGUCACCUAAUCACCUUCAAUUCAAGGUUGAUUACUUUUAUGUUCGUUAAUCACUUUUUCUAUACAUAUACAAUGAAUUACACUAAUAUUUAUCCUUCAACUCAAUGUUUUAAG